GGAAUCUCAUCAUCAAAAUCAAGUAUAUUAUUCACUUGUCAUUUUGUAGUAGUCAUCACUACUUUAUUUCUAGUACAUUCAAAGAUUACAUACAAUAGCUUGCUCUUUUAUUCAUUCUAUCCAUCUCUAUUAUUUCUCUAAAUACCUCUAGUACUACCUUUACUUAAUAACUUCAAUUCAACACACACACACAAAAAUGGCCCUAAUCGACUUAUUGCUCGAUUUUGAGGACUAUUUCCCAUCAAUGGUUGCUAGGUUAGGGGCGGAAGCAUUUGUUGGAGAGCUAUGCAACGGGUUUAUUUUGUUGAUGGAUGUCGAAAAGGGGGUUAUCACGUUCGAAAGCUUGAAGAGGAACUCCUUUUUGUUGGGGUUGAAUGAUAUGGGAGAUGAUGAAUUUUUGUGCAUGCUUAGAGAAGGAGACCUUGAUGGAGAUGGAGCUCUUAGUCAAAUGGAAUUUUGUAUUCUCAUGUUUAGGUUAAGCCCUGGUCUUAUGGAUGAAUCAAGGCUUUGUAUGAUGGAUUAUGGUGGCCUUCCUAUCUUAGCUUGAUUAAGCCUAAGCUAGUUAAGCUACCGCCCUUUCCAAUUGAAUCAUGGUUUGUUAAUAUAAUCUUUCUUAUAUUUCUAAAGAUAUAAUACUAAUUAUAUCAUUGUUAA